GACACGGGGACGCCCCUCACUGACGCGAUUGAAGAAUAAAUAUCAACGCCACCAGAUUGUUUCAAGAACACCGGUGAAAUAGCUAAGUCUACAGAAACACUCAUUUUUAAAUUGGGCAAUAUAGUUAGUAUCAGAUACAUCAUUUUUUGUAAACUACAGUUGACUGAGUUUAGCUAGAUAUACUCUACAAAUAACAAUUCCUUUAAAAUGAACGGGCAACUGAACGGUUUCCAUAACUCACUCAUUGAUGAAGAAUGCUUUUUGUUCACCUCUGAAUCUGUUGGAGAAGGACACCCAGAUAAGAUUUGUGACCAGAUCAGCGACGCUGUGCUUGAUGCCCAUCUCAAGCAGGACCCUGAUGCCAAAGUGGCAUGUGAGACUGUAGCUAAGACUGGGAUGAUCCUGCUGGCAGGGGAGGUCACCUCCAGGGCCAACGUCGAUUACCAGAAGGUCGUCAGGGACACGAUCAAGUACAUUGGCUAUGACGACUCCUCCAAGGGCUUUGACUAUAAGACCUGCAAUGUCCUGGUGGCUCUGGAGCAGCAAUCCCCUGACAUUGCUCAGGGUGUUCACCUGGACCGCAAAGAGGAGGAUGUGGGAGCUGGAGACCAGGGUCUGAUGUUUGGUUAUGCCACUGAUGAGACUGAGGAGUGUAUGCCCCUCACCAUCGUCCUCGCCCACAAGCUCAAUGCCAAGAUGGCUGAAUUGCGCCGCAACGGAACCCUCCCCUGGCUGAGGCCAGACUCCAAAACUCAGGUGACUGUUCAGUACAGGCAGGACCGUGGGGCCAUGCUCCCAGUGCGUGUGCACACUGUUGUGGUGUCCGUGCAGCAUGAUGAAGUAAUUUGCCUGGAUGAGAUGCGUGACGCCCUUAAGGAGCAGGUUGUGAAAGCUGUGGUGCCCACCGUGUACCUGGACGACGACACCAUCUACCACCUGCAGCCCAGCGGCCGCUUCGUCAUCGGAGGUCCUCAGGGUGAUGCUGGCCUGACUGGACGUAAGAUCAUUGUGGACACCUACGGUGGCUGGGGGGCCCACGGUGGAGGGGCCUUUUCAGGGAAAGACUACACUAAGGUGGACCGCUCUGCUGCCUACGCUGCCCGCUGGGUGGCCAAGUCCCUGGUGAAGGCUGAGCUCUGCAAGCGUGUGCUGGUCCAGGUAGCCUAUGCCAUUGGAGUUGCCCAUCCCCUAUCCAUCUCCAUCUUCCACUAUGGGACUUCUCAGAAGAGCGAGAGGGAGCUGCUGGACAUCGUCAAGAAGAACUUUGACCUCCGCCCUGGUGUCAUUGUUAGGGAGCUCGACUUGAAAAAGCCUAUCUACCAGCGGACUGCUGCCUAUGGCCACUUUGGGCGGGAGGCCUUCCCCUGGGAGGUCCCCAAAAAGCUCAAAUACUGAAGCCCUCACCCUGAGCUAUGGGUGUACUACAGAAAAACCUACAAGCUCUUGGGAGAGAUGAAUGUCCACAAUCACCCCCAAACUCUCAUCCCUAAAGGAAACAUUUUACACUCCUGUACCCUCUCUACCCAUCUGCAAUUGCUUGCACACCCCCUGAAAUCCAUUUCCUGUCUUUCCCUCUGACAGUUGUUUUAUCUUAAAAGAAAUGUAUUUUCUCUCUUCUCCCUCCUGUUUCCGUACCUAUCCCCCACCCAAUGUUUCUCUGGUUGGAGAAAUAAUUGCUGGCACAUUUUAGGGCUGAAGAAUGCUAGGAGUUGCAAUAGGUAAUUAGGAUGUCAAUCUUGUCCCCUUAACUCUUUUCAAUUAAAAGUUAAGUAUUUGUCAGAUGUAACCAAAAACCCAUUUGUCAAAGUGGAACUGCAGAACUUGAGUUUUCUUGAACUAUAGUACCUUGUUUGGAACAGUCAUCCCUUCAGACCAUGUUUUCUGACGUGUUACAGAGAAGUCAGAAACUUCUAAUGAACUCUGGUUCUGUUGGGAUGUACGUUGUAUCUCUAUUCCCUCUGUCACAUCCUUUGUCAGAUUAAGAUUACAUGUGAAAGUUCUAGAAUGGUCUGAUAGACUAAGGUAAAGGCAAGGCACUUCCCCUCUCGACAGUGACCACUGGGUGUCGCUAGAGAAACUGCUUCAGUCUGCUCUACCAUUUGAUAACUCAAUACUUGAAAACAAACGUGAGUGCUUCAUUUUUGACUGCCUUUGGGGACCUUUUUAACAUGGAUGCUGACAAGUGAGGAAGGUUAACUUAAAAAAAGAAACAACAAUUAAAAAUUAUUAGCAUGGUUUGACCCUCUGGUUCCUAAAGUGGUCCACAGAAACUUUGGGUUGCAGCCACUAGGUGGUGCUCUAAGCAGUUGCCAGUGUUAUUUAUAUUUUAGCGACAAGGGUUUGGGAGAUGACUGACUUCAGAAGUAUUUUAACCUUUUUUCUCUUCCCACAUGCCCACUGAUAAAAGCAAAAGUCUGGCGGGUGUUGUACAGAGAAACCGGCCUUGUUUACAAUGCUCUCUGUUGGGUAUGUGCGGACUGCAGCAUUUGCAUUCUCUACAUUUAUUUGAAAUCUUUCUUUUUUUAAAAACAUUUUUGGUGGUGAGGCUCAGUCUGGUUACUGAAGGUGUAAAAGUGCCUUUUUAAUGUUUUUACCUCACUACACACACCCUGCCUGCUACUAUCUCCAACCCCUCACCUGUGAUGCUUACAGACCCACCUCACUACACACACCCUUCCUGCUACUAUCUCCAACCCCUCACCUGUGAUGCUUACAGACCCCUCGGCUCAAAUGUUCCAUUUCCUAAAGACUUGAAAUGCUCCGUGUGAAACCUUUGAAUAAAAGUCUACCCUGA